GAGUAGCGUGUAACGAGCAACGAUCAGCAAUCAAUAUGGCGUCGACGCAGGCGGAAACGGAUGUGGUUGUGGCACCGGAACAGUCACAAGUAACACAAAGACAACGCAGCGGUGGCACAGGCAAAGGAGCAAGUUCUGGUACAGGAUCACCAAAGAGUAAUCGCAGUUCACCAAGUCAAGAGGAGAAGAACAUUAAGACCGAGGAUCGGACUUCCCCGGGAGCAGGGGGAAUUUCCAAAGAGGAGGAAAAGGACUCUACAGGCGGUGGCCUUGGAGGAUCUUCUCUGAGCUCACCCCAGGGACGUAGCUCCUCGGUGGCCUCACCCAGCUCCAGUUCGCAGCAGUUUUGCCUGCGUUGGAACAACUAUCAGUCCAACCUGACCACCAUUUUCGAUCAGCUGCUGCAGAACGAGUGCUUUGUGGAUGUGACCUUGGCCUGUGAUGGUCGCUCCAUGAAGGCCCACAAAAUGGUACUCUCCGCCUGCUCACCCUACUUCCAAACCCUUCUGGCGGAGACUCCCUGCCAGCAUCCCAUUGUGAUCAUGCGGGAUGUCAAUUGGUCGGAUCUCAAGGCCAUUGUGGAGUUUAUGUAUCGCGGCGAGAUCAAUGUGAGUCAGGAUCAGAUAGGACCUUUGCUCAGGAUUGCCGAAAUGCUAAAGGUACGUGGCCUGGCGGAUGUGACCCACAUGGAGGCAGCCACCGCUGCGGCAGCAGCAGCCUCGGAAAGGAUUUCCUCACCCAAGGAAAGUGGUUCUAAAAACGAAUCCGAACGAGAUGCCGAAGAGCUGCUAGCCUUUAUGCAGCCAGAGAAGAAAUCCCGCACGGAUUGGGAUCCCGCCGAGCUAAGGCUCUCCCCCUUGGAGCGACAGCAGGGCAGGAAUGUAAAAAGACGUUGGCCAUCGGCGGAUACGAUCUUUAAUGCUCCAGCUCCGCCGAGUCCUUUGAGCAGCCUGAUAGCCGCCGAACGGAUGGAACUGGAGCAGAAGGAGCGGGAGCGGCAACGGGAUUGUUCCCUGAUGACGCCACCACCCAAACCUCCACCCAUGAGCAGCAGCAGUGGAUCGGGUUCCCGCCGCCUGGAGUCCACUAUCCAUGCUCUGGACAUGCCCUCGCCGGCAGCCACACCGGGACCACUGUCACGAUCCUCGCGUCCCCAUUCGCAGAGUCCCCAGCAGCAGCAGCAGCCCGGUCAGCAGCAGCAUUCGCUGCCUCUGCCUCUGCUACCGCAUCAUCAUGCACCGCCACCUGCCCCACAUCCCGCCCAGAGUUCGGCCAGUGGCCAUCAUCCGCCAUCGCCAGCGGGUGAUUCUCGCUUUCCCCUGGGUCCCUCUGCCGCUGCCAUGGCUGCGGCCAUGGAAUUGAGUGGCCUUGGCGGUGGUCCACCUGCCGAACCACGUCUUCCGCCACCACCGCCGCAUCAUCAUGGCGGCGGUGGUGUGGGUGGAGCCGGGGUAACGGGAUCCGGCGGUGGAUCCUCGCUGGCCGAUGACAUGGAGAUCAAGCCGGGCAUUGCCGAAAUGAUACGAGAGGAAGAAAGGGCCAAAAUGUUGGAGAAUUCGCAUGCCUGGAUGGGAGCCACCGGGUCAACACUGGCAGCAGACAGCUAUCAGUAUCAGUUGCAGUCCAUGUGGCAAAAAUGUUGGAACACCAAUCAGAACCUGAUGCAUCACAUGCGCUUCCGCGAACGGGGUCCAUUGAAAUCCUGGCGUCCCGAGACCAUGGCCGAGGCCAUCUUCAGUGUCCUGAAGGAGGGCUUGUCUCUGUCGCAAGCUGCUCGCAAAUAUGACAUCCCGUAUCCCACCUUUGUGCUAUAUGCCAAUCGAGUGCAUAAUAUGCUGGGUCCUUCCAUCGAUGGUGGUCCUGAUCUACGGCCCAAGGGUCGUGGUAGACCGCAGAGAAUCUUGCUGGGCAUUUGGCCGGAUGAGCACAUCAAGGGUGUUAUCAAGACGGUGGUUUUUCGCGAUGCCAAGGACAUAAAAGACGAUAGUUUGGGGGCUCAUAUGCCGCCCUACGGUCGCCACUCGGAUCUCCCAUUGAGCUAUCCGGGCGCUAGUGGCGCCCUUGCCGGGACACCGAGUUCGCUGGCCUGUCCUAAUGGCAGUGGUCCCCAGUCGGGCGUCGGCGGGGAACAGCACAUGUCGCAGGAAACGGCCGCAGCGGUGGCCGCCGUGGCUCACAAUAUCCGGCAGCAGAUGCAGAUGGCAGCGGCCGUGCAGCAUCAGCACGGGGAGGCGGGGCCGCCGCCCGUUCCGCCGGGUUUAUUCAAUCUGCCGCCCCAUCCAGGCGUGGGCGUUGGCGUUGGUUCGGUUUCGGUACCCGGAGCGGGCGGUGGCAGGGCUAGUAUAUCGCCGGCUCUUAGCAGUGGCUCCGGGCCCAGGCAUGCGCCCUCGCCCUGCGGUCCCGCCGGCCUCCUGCCGAAUCUGCCGCCCAGCAUGGCCGUCGCACUGCAUCAUCAUCAGCAGCAUCAGCAGCAACAGGCUGCAGCGGCGCAUCAUCAGCAGCAGCAUCAGCAACAGCAGGCACAUCAUCAUCUGCAGCAGCUUCAUCUGCAACAACAGCAGCAGCAGCAGGCGGCGGCGCAUCUGCAUCACCACCAACAGCAGCAGCAGCAGCAGCAACAGCACCACCAUCAGGUGGUGCCACACAAGUCCGGUUUCGGUGCCAGUUCCAGUUCCUCCGCUUCCUCCUCCUCUCUGGUGGGUCAGCAUCCGGCCAAGGUCAAGGGCAGUCCGUUGCGCAGUGAAACGCCACGGUUGCACUCGCCUCUCGGCGAUCUUGGCUUGGAUAUGGCUUACAAAAGGGAUUUCUCGCCCAGUCGCCUCUUUGCCGAGGAUCUGGCCGAAUUGGUCGGUGCCAGCGUGUCAUCCUCCUCCUCCUCGGCGGCAGCUGGUGCUGGUAAUGUGGCUGCCCAGCAGGAGAGAUCGGGCGGAGGAUCAUCGGCAGCGGCGGGAGCAGAUGCGCCCAGCUCCUCGAGUAGUGGUGGCAUCAAGGUGGAGCCCAUUACCACCACUAGCGAGUGAAAACACAGGGAUGAUGAAUUGAUGAAGAUGAAAAUGAAAAGUAA